GGUAAGGUGUUUUGCUGUGCGUAACCGACAGCCGUACUAUGUUGUGUUUGUGUUCUUAAUCUUCUUAUCUUGAGUAUAGUGUUCAUGUUGGUUUUCGAGUAAAUGAUUUCGAAAAAUUCCUUCUAAAAAUAACAGUACGGUGCAAGUGAAGUGAACAUCAAAAUAGUAAUAUUAAAUCCCUUAUAAUCAUAAACAUUUGUUCUAAAAUUAUAGUUCUGGAAUAACAUUUGUGUUGUAAGCGUAGACCUAAAUAAAUUAUUACUUUUCAGUAACUCAUAUUACUGAACCUAUAUUCAAACGUUUGCAUUGUAAUAAAAUCUUACAGUGCAAAGUAUGCUUAUCAAUGCUAUUGUUCAAGAAUAAGCUGUGAUUUACUUGCUUGAAAAUAACCCAAGUAGGCCUGGUCAUAUGCAAAAGAUCCUACACAGAUAUAUUAUAAAAAAAUGCCUACUGUACAAUUUGAAAGAGUGUUAAGUGUAAAUAGUGAAGAUAUUGCUUACCCUGCAGAAAACUUGUUAAAACCAGAUAAUAGCAAAAAGUGGAAAUGCAAAGCAGGUGAAAAACAGGCAUCAGUUAUUCUUCAGUUAAAAGAAGAGAUUGUUAUUGAAGGAAUAGACAUUGGAAAUGAAAAUUCUGCAUUUGUUGAAAUCCUUGUUGGAAAGUCCAGCUCACAAAAUAGUGAUUUUAAGGUUUUGCUGGUCACAUCAUCGUUAAUGACUUUGAAAGAAGCUAAAGAUGGAACAAAUACAAAUAGUGUUAGGUUUUUUAAAAAUACUGAUUUAUCAAAGCCAACUGCAAAUGAGAAAUGGGACCGAGUUAAAAUAGUUUGUACCCAACCGUUUAACAAACACGUACAAUAUGGUUUGGCAUUUGUUGUGGUACACUCUUCUGGUAGCAGUAGCAAUGAGAGUGGCAGCACACUUGGAAGAUUUGCCUUGAAAGAAGAUGACAAUGAACUACCAGUUGCAGUUGGCAGUUGGUUUGCCAAAAGAAAGGAUCCCCCUCCUCCUAUACCUCCAGGAGCUGCUGCUGCUAUUAGAGAUGCCUCAUCUCCUUCUGGUAUUGCCCAAGGGAAAAAUAAAAGGCCAGCUCCCAAAAUACCAAAGAAAGUUAUUGCAAAAAACGGAGUAUUAAAGGAAUCCAAAGCAGAAAAUUUGAAACAGAGUCCUAAAGUAACCCCACAAAAAUUAGACAAACCAGCAAAUAACCUCAACAUGAGUUUUGAAGAUGAUGACGAUUCACCAGCAGACGAUACAGAUGCAGAUUCUACCUACUCACCCAACAAAGAUACUGGUUCCGUGCUUUCAGAUGAUGAUGUUAUGUCAGCUGAAUCUGGUGAAGAAAAUGAGAAAAAGCAGAAGAGACCAAAGAGAAAUAAAACAGUUGAUGCUGAUAGAAACACAAAGAAUGGAAAAGUAUUGAAUGGCCAAACACCCAAACGAAAGAAUGAUAAUACUGAUGAAAACAAAAGAAAAGCCCUUAAGGUUGAUAAAGAAAGAAAGCCUUUCAGCAGGCUAUUGGAGGGUGUAAUUAUUGUGAUUAGUGGUUACCAGAACCCUCUGCGAGGAGAACUGCGGUCCAAGGCUGGUGCAAUGGGAGCCAAGUAUAAGGCAGAUUGGGAUAGGACAUGUACUCAUCUUAUAUGUGCUUUUGUGAAUACCCCUAAGUUCAACCAGGUUCGUGGAAGGGGAAAAAUAGUGAAAAAAGAGUGGAUUGAAGACUGCUAUAAUCGUCGAAGACGGUUACCAUGGCGCAGGUUUGCACUGGAUAGAAAUGAUGUUGGUACAUCAAGUGAAGAAGAAAUUUGGGAGGAAGAGUCAGUCCCAUCAACUAGCAGUGUGAGCACUACUAUAGCCAGUGGCAUACAUAGGCGAAGUGUUAGUUCCGGCUCAGAUACGGAAGAGGAAAUUGAGAGGGUUAGAGCUCGACAAACAGCAAACAAACCAGUUACACCAUCAGAUCACAAAGUGAAAGAAUCAAAGAAAACUGACAAUUCAGUACUGAACAAGAACUUAAACAAAACUGACCCAUUUGAAGAUGAUACAGAUGUUGAUAGUGGAUCGGAGAGUCAAACAGCCAAGCUCUCUCUGCCACAUUUGCCUGAAUUUUUUGAUAACAUUGUAUUCCACAUUGCUUGUGAUAUUGAUGACGAUGAAAGAAGAAAACUGAAGCGAUACAUCACUGCUUAUAAAGGGUAUGUUUUGGACGAAAUAGAUGGAAAUGUGGAGUACACAAUUACCAAGUUAUCGGACACUGCUGCCGAGCUGGCAGAAGAGUUUGGCAUCAGUGCUGUGACACCAGAGUGGGUGUGGGCAUGUAGUGAUGCAGAGAAACUUGUCCCAGUUUCAGACUAUCUGUUAUAGUGGACAUUACAUAAGCACUUCAGUGAUUGGUGAAUUUCAUUUAUUGAACUGAAUUUUAUAUUUUUGUAUAAAUAAUAACACCAUUGUUAAUAAAACAUUUUAUUGUA